AUGGCAGCUGCAGAUACCCUCACCCCAAUAUUUCCCCCCGCACUCCCAGCCCAUGUGCCCUCGCGCUCCUUGAGACUUCACAACGGUAAAACAAAACCGGCCGAUAACAGCGGAGAUUCUAUCGAACAACCUGAAAGCGUUCAGUUCGACGCAAGCAAACAUCUUAGCUUCAUUCCGCCUUCCAAAGUAUAUUCCAUGAAAGAAUUAGGAUAUAAGGAUGAAGUCGGCGUGUCCCCUGUCGGUGUUUCCGAACCUUUUCCGUUAUUCUCCGCAGAAGCCGUCAAGCAGAUGCGUAAGGAGGUGCUGAGCGAGAAUGUUUGGAGCCAUUACAAGUUCUCAAGCAAUAUCGCUCAGUGUCAAUUGAGAGGCUUCGCUGCAGAAUUCGCUCCGUUUGUGUACGAUGCUUGGAAAAGUCCCAAAACUUUAGACAUAAUCUCGAAGAUCGCUGGGAUCGACCUGGUUCCGGUGAUGGAUUGGGAAAUAGGGCAUAUUAAUAUCUCUAUUCAGUCAGAGGAACAGAAGAACAAAGGCCUGGUGGAUGCAGCCAAGAAAGCCCAGGAUGGGGACGAGGAGGAGCAGAUGCCUAUAGUCGAUUGGCAUACCGAUAGCUAUCCUUUUGUUUGCGUUCUCAUGUUAAGCGAUUGCACUAGUAUGAUCGGAGGAGAAACUGCUCUUCGGAAAGGGGACCGAAGUAUUCUAAAAGUCAGGGGUCCACAGAUGGGUUGUGCGGUUGUACUUCAAGGGCGAUAUAUCGAGCAUGUCGCAUUGCGUGCACUUGGUUCGACUGAGCGCAUCACCAUGGUAACGUCAUUCCGGCCCCGUUCUCCAGUGUUGCCAGAUGACACGGUCCUCACCACGGUGCGUGCCGUGUCAGAUUUGUCGGAGCUUUAUUUCCAAUUUAGCGAGUACAGGCUGGAAAUGCUUGAGGAAAGGAUUCGCCUCAAGUUGAAGGAGAUACGCGACAAGAGGCGAGCCAGUCGACCUUUUGAUACUCACAAGCUAAAGCAAUUUUUGGGGGAACAGGAGAGGUUUUUGGCCCAUAUGAACAUAGAAAUGGUGGACGAAGAUAGAGUCACUAGGGGCUUCACGGACGACAGCCAUCUGCUCUCAGAGGAUCUCAAGGAACGUUCAAGGAAGCGGUCUCGCACUACAGUCGAGUAG